AUGUCCAAACAUGGCGGGAGAGCAGGGGUCAGCUUGGACACUGACCUUGGCUCCAACAGGAGGUUUGGUUUGGGGGUCACGGCUGAUGUGAGGGGUGUCCCUCUGUGGCUGGUCCGGUUUGUAAUCGGCUCAGCGAGAUGUGGCCAGCAGCAGGAGGCUGGCCCGGCUGACCUGCGCGCUCCCCUGUGGUCAGUGCUGAGCCGGACACAGAUCGGCUUGAGACUGCUGAAUAGCGCUUCAUCUAGUGCUCUCUGCAGGACCCUGGUCCCUCUGAGGUCCAGGCCUGAUCCCAUAGAAGAAGCACAGAGUCAACACCAGUGA